AUGGGCGGCGAAGGCCAAAUGACCGCGUCGCUGGGCCGCGUCGUGCUCGUGACCUUCCCCGCAUCCUGCAGCGUGCUGCCCAUGGUCAUCGACGGCGCCUACCUCGGCCACGUCGGCCUCGUCUUCUUCGACCAGCUCUUCCAGAGCGUCGCGCCGGAACUGCCGCUCGUGCUCUGCCGAACGGUCGAGACAGACCAAGAGGCCGUCGUCGAGUGGAUCAAGUCGCCGCAUGCCCUCGCAGACGUCCUGCGCGCUGCGCCUGCGUCGUGCCUGCGCCUUCACGCCGUUGUUGACAGGGGCUACGCAGCGAGCAAGAUAUACCACGCGAUCCCUGCGACAAGCCCCAACUACUCGCCCGAGAUCGUGGCCGUCGAGCCCGAAGAAGACGACAACGGACACAUGACCGACCUCGAUGUAGUGGAUGAUGCGCCAGAGUGGACACCAUCGCGCGAAACGGAGCCAGAACUCGCCGCCUCGACGAGCGUCUUUGACAAGCUGCGCACCCUCUUCACGCGUGAGCCGAGCCCGCCCAAGCCAGAGGCAGUGUCGUCCAACUGGUGGUCGGCUUCGACGCAGUUUUUCCGACCUGCCAUCCACGAAAGCAAGCCGCAGGUGACGUCGACGCCGCCGACGCCCGAGCCGCCCAAGCUGGCGUCCUCGCAGGUCAUAUCGCGCGACCGCUUUGCGACCGACCGCCUCAGUGCGUCGCACCACAUCUUUAUCCCGCGCAUGGAGUACACAACGGCUAGCGACGUGCCAAGCGUCAACGACGGACCGUCGCCCACCGUUGCGCCAGCCACGACCGUGUUACCCCCUGCGCCAGUCGCCGCGCCGGCGGCCGAGCCGCACUUCUUUAUCGCGUCGUCGUGGUACAAGGAAGCCGACCGCAUGAGCGCGUCGUUCCAGCACACGCGACUCGGCGCCAGCCGCACCGAAGUCGACGGGUCGUUCAUUUGGAUUUGA